AUGGCUUCCUUCUUCGAGGGCGCAUGCAACGUGGAUUUCUCUGGUAACACGUCCUUUACGAGUGCGAAUACGGUCAUCAACAAUUUCAAUUAUCCAGAGGGGGUCUCGAGCUCGAGGGGUGAUGGCCAAUGGUUCAUCUUAUCCGGUGGACGAGGAAGGUUCAGAUUAAUAGAGAUGUGCGAUAUCAACAUGCUGCAAGAAAUCUCCUCGGCGAUAGUCCAUGUGCCGGUCAAAUCUCGCAUGCUGAAGUCCACAAAUCCAUUUCGAGGCCGGCUCGAGAGUCGACGAGCGACCGUGAAGAUUCGGAGGAGAGUUCAAAGCGCUGAGAUAGUUCAGUUUGGAGAUCAACGGUUCACGGUUGUUUCUUUUGAGCCUGAGGGUGAGGGAGACGCUGAGAGGGUACGGACGGUGUUGCAACCGUUUUUGGAAAUCGCGCUGUCCCCACGCCUAGCGUGGCUUCCGCAGCUUUUCGGAAUGGGUCGGUUAACAACCCCAACUCUGAUAUAUCUGGAUGAGCUCGUCAAUGGAGAGGAUAUCCUCAGGCAGUACUGGAAGACACGCAUUGUAUAUUUUUAUCUAUUCCAUAGACAUGCCGCUACAGUAUGUGCUUUACAAAGGGAUAGGACUCUGCAGAAGUUAUCGCUUCCGCUUUUGGGGGAACCUAAGGACUGGACGUAUAACCGCAGAACUCGUACAUGGCAGUAUGAUGUUACAUACACUACCCUAUCCUAUGCAGAGGAUGACUCUGAGGUGGACUUGGUCUUCGAUUAUGUGCUCCCACUUCCUAAUCACUGCGAUCCUCCGCUCGACUGCGUGGAGAUCAUCCGGAUCGUCCCCAAUUUCGUCGAGUUACUUUCAGCACUCGGCUCUUUGAUGCGUGUAGAACACUUGAAGGAUUUUGUCCGCCAUGGUGUUCUCACGUUUGGGGCUGUUAUUGAUCGCACAAAACCAGGAAUUCUCUGGCACUUGCCUUCCAUACAAUCUCCACAGUGGUACUACCAUCCGGUUGAUUCUGAUAUUGAUGUCAGUUUCGAAUCACAAUCAGUUCCUUCACUUGUCAAACUAAUCUUCCUGAAUACUGCCAACGUGCAAACCCUAAAAUUGAAUACCCACUUUUCACUGCAUCUACCAUCAGAGGACCGCCAGCGACUCCGGUCUGCGUACCUUAUUCAGUCGCAACCCUUUUACCGUGAUGCUGCUACCUGGAAAGAUUUGGUUUUUGUUGAUGAAUUGGCCUUUUCCUUAGCAGGGACCUUUACAUCCCAUCCGUCAAGUUGUCAUCCACCAAGAUAUCUACAUGUCCCACCUCUAUCCUCUGAAACGAUCAACGGCGCGCCCUGCCUUCGUACACCACCAGAUUCCCUAUUUUUCUACUGGUCCUUUGACCGCGAAGGCAAGAAUCGGAUUUCAAAGGAAGAUUGGCCUUUGUACGAAAUCCCAGAGCUGAGAUCACAGACAUAUAUUGGGUCAAACUGGUGGUCGCCGGCACAUAGAACGGUGUGGGACUACCUUCGGUUCAAAAAUUAUCAUCAGAGUGGUGAAGAGUUGGCGAAUGAAUGGGGUUAUCCAAUUCUGAUUAGAGGUGACCCUCAUUUCCCUGAGGUUGAAGACCGGUCGAAAUCGAAAUCCCAAAGAGUGCUGUCGUGGAUUGAGAAGAAGAUUAAGCUGAAAGGUUCAUCUGCCUGUGGAGAUAAAGGAAAGCGUAAAGAGCAGGCCCAUGUACUAAAGUCACGGGUCGAUAUUGUUGGACAAGCAUCUAUCGUUGAGAUUUCGGACUAG